AUGGAUACUUCGAUGAGUGGUAACCAGAUAAGACAAUCCUUUAUUGACUUCUUCAUCAAUAAAGGACAUAAAUAUGUUCACUCUUCAUCUACAAUACCUUUAGAUGACCCAACCUUACUAUUUGCUAAUGCUGGGAUGAACCAAUUUAAACCCAUCUUUUUGGGGUCUGUUGACCCUAACUCUGACAUGGCUCAGUAUGUAAGAGUUGUUAAUACCCAGAAAUGUAUAAGAGCAGGAGGUAAACAUAACGACCUUGAUGAUGUGGGUAAAGAUGUCUACCACCAUACAUUUUUUGAAAUGAUGGGUAACUGGUCAUUUGGUGACUAUUUUAAGAAAGAAAUAUGUGCAUGGGCAUGGGAACUUCUCACUGAAGUUUAUAAAUUGCCUGGGGAUCGUUUGUAUGUAACUUAUUUUGGAGGAGAUGCUGCUUCAGGACUUGAACCUGAUCUCGAAUGUAAAGAAAUCUGGCUCAAGUUAGGUCUCCCAGAGUCACACAUUCUACCUGGUAGUAUGAAGGAUAACUUUUGGGAAAUGGGUGAAACAGGACCAUGUGGUCCCUGCUCAGAAUUGCAUUAUGAUAGAAUCGGAGGACGUGAUGCAGCUCAUCUUGUCAACAUGGAUGACCCUGAUGUACUCGAAAUUUGGAAUUUAGUGUUUAUUCAAUUUAAUAGAGAAUCCGAUGGUUCACUAAAGUUGCUGCCAAAAAAACAUAUUGAUUGUGGAUUAGGUCUUGAAAGAUUAGUGUCAGUAAUUCAAAAUAAGAGAGCUAAUUAUGACACUGAUUUUUUUAUGCCUAUAUUUAAGGCAAUCGAAAUUGGCACGGGUGCAAGGCCUUAUACUGGAAAAGUUGGAGCUGAAGAUGUUGAUGGGAUUGAUAUGGCAUAUAGAGUUUUGGCUGAUCAUGCUAGAACACUUACAAUUGCUUUGUCAGAUGGUGGAUGUCCCGAUAACACUGGUAGGGGUUAUGUGCUUCGAAGAAUUUUAAGGAGAGCAGUACGUUACGCCUCUGAGAAACUUAAUGCUAAACCUGGGUUCUUUGGGUCUUUAGUUCAUGUUGUUGUUCAACUAUUGGGAGAUGUUUUCCCUGAAAUAACAAAAGAUCCCUUAUCUUUGAUUCAACUGAUAAAUGAGGAAGAAUUACAGUUCUUGAAAACACUUACACGAGGCAGAAAUUUACUCAAUAGAACUAUCGAAAAAUUAAAUGGAAAAGUAAUACCUGGUGAUGUCGCGUGGCGACUUUAUGAUACAUAUGGAUUUCCUAUUGAUCUCACACAACUUAUGUGUGAAGAAAAUGGGCUUACCAUAGAUAUGGAGGCUUACGAAAAAUCUAAGAAAGAAUCUCAAUUAAUUUCGCAAGGAAAAGCUGCCGGUCAAGAAGAUUUAUUGGCAUUAGAUGUACAUGCCAUAAGCCAUUUGCAAGAUACUGGAGUACCUGCCACAGACGACUCUCCUAAGUACAACUAUGUUGCAUCAUCUAGUGAAAACGAAGCUGUAUAUAAUUUUAGUUCUUGCAUUGGGACCAUCAUUGCUUUACGACAAAACAAACAAUUUGUAAAUGAAGUUUCUGGUCAAGAAUGUGGGGUGAUCCUGGACAAAACUAGUUUCUAUGCUGAACAAGGUGGCCAAAUAUAUGAUGAAGGAUAUAUGGUAAAAACUGAUGAUGAUAGCGUUGAGUUCGUAGUUACUAACGUCCAAGUUAAGGGAGGAUAUGUGCUACAUAUGGGAAAACUUGAAGGCACUCUAAAGGUUGGAGAUAAGUUGUCUUUGCACAUUGAUACUGAAAGGCGAAGGCUUGUAAUGAAUAACCACACUGGAACGCAUGUUUUAAAUAACGUACUAAGAAAAGUUCUUGGAAACGACUCCGAUCAACGUGGAUCUCUUGUUAUGCCAGACCGUCUAAGGUUUGAUUUUACUAACAAAGGCCCAAUGUCUUUAAAGCAAAUAAAAGAUACAGAAGAUCAAAUCAAGGAAAUUAUUUAUAAAAAUAAACCUGUUUAUGCAAAACAUACGAGCUUAAAUGAAGCUAAAAAAAUAAAGGGCCUAAGAGCUAUGUUUGAUGAACACUACCCAGAUCCAGUUCGUGUAGUUUCUGUUGGAAUACCAGUAGAGGAAUUGGAGAAAAACCCGGAGGGACCGGCCGCGUACGAAACUUCUGUAGAAUUUUGUGGUGGAUCACAUUUGCAUCAGACAGGUCAUAUUGGGGAUUAUGUAAUCGUAAGCGAAGAAGGUAUUGCGAAAGGAAUACGCCGAAUUGUCGCCUUGACUGGGCCAGAGGCAUUGAAGGCUAUAAGUAAAUCGAGCUCUUUGGAAAAUGAAGUAAACAAUAUCGCUAAUUUCAUUAAAGAUCAAAGUGACAACAUGAAUCAGAAGGAAAUUCUUAGAAAAAUUGUUGACCUUACGAACGAAAUUUCUCAAGCUCAGAUAUCGUAUUGGAAAAAAGAAGAAUUGAGAACUAUGCUCAAAAACUUAAAAAAACAACUUGAUGAUAAAGAAAGGGCUGCAAAGGCUUUGACUAUCACCCAAGUUGCCGAAAGAGCUAAAGAAAUAUGCACGGAAAAGAAGGACAAUAAGGUCAUUGUUUCAGAAUUAAAAGCAUUUGGCAAUACUAAGGCCUUGGAUGGCGCCUUAAAACAAGUAAAGCUACUCUGUCCAGCAACCGCGGCCAUGUUCUUCUCUGUAGACGAUGAAACAAACAAAAUAUUCUGUCUUGCUGCUGUACCUAAAAACGCGAUCGAAAAAGGUCUGUUAGCUUCUGAGUGGAUCCAGUCUGUUGUCCCAGUUAUAGGUGGCAAGGGUGGUGGUAAAGCAGAAUCUGGUCAAGCUUCUGGUAAUAAUUUCGCCAGUCUUGAGGAAGCAAUGAAAGUUGCAGAGGAAUUUGCUAAUUUAAAGCUGUGCUAA